CUUCAGAUAGCGUUAAUAAUAUUAGAUAAGUAGUUUUCUUUUAAAGCAAUUCAAUACAUAUCGCGUACUUGACUAGUAUUUUUCAAGUGAAGCAUUCACAAUGAGUUUUAAAGACAAAGUAGUAUUUAUCAGUGGGGCAAGUUCAGGAAUAGGUGCAAAAACUGCUAUUGAAUUUACAAAAGAAGGUGCAAACGUUGUUAUUAAUGGACGAAACGAAACAAAAUUGAAGAACGUUUAUCAACAAUGUGAUGCGCAAGGUAAAAAACCUUUAAUUAUCAAAGCUGAUAUAUCUAAAGAUGAUGAGGCAAAAGCAGCUAUUGAAGAAACUAUAAAACAUUUUGGAAAACUAGAUAUUCUUGUCAAUAAUGCUGGUUUUACGAAACCUGGUAGCAUACUUGAUGGGAAUCUAUUAAAAAGUUACGAUGAGGUUAUGGGUACAAACGUAAGAGCUGCAAUGCAUUUAACAGCGUUGGCUGCUCCACAUUUAAUCAAAACAAAAGGCAAUAUAGUAAACGUAUCCAGUAUAUCUGGUAGUUCGAUGCCAUUGAACCCACAAUUGAUAUCUUACUGUGUUUCUAAAGCAGCAUUAGAUCACUUUACACGUUGUUCAGCUUUAGAAUUAUCUGAACAUGGUGUUCGUGUGAAUGCUGUUAGUCCUGGUCCAGUAAUAACUGAUUUUCGAAGGAAUGCUGGCAUAGGAGAAGAUAUAACUGAACGAGAAAAUCUUUCGGCCUUGAAAAGGAUAUCGGAAUCAAUUGAAAUUGCCGACUUAAUUUUGUUUUUAGCAAGUGAUAAAGCGAAGGGGAUAACCGGGUCUAAUUAUGUUUCCGACAAUGGCUGUCUACUAAAAUAAAUUUUAACAUUGUCUUAGUAAAAAACGGUAUUUGUUGAUUAUUGCAUUUUUAAUAAACUGUAACUAUGUAUCGUACUAUUAUAAUGUUUAAAUACAA